AUCAGCGGCUCAAAAUGGCGGCGUCGGCCCCUGGACCUUCGGCGUCCGCGGUCCCAGUGGCUGCGGCCGGCGCCUCGGGGUUGGGGGCCCCCGCGCCAGGAUCGCAGGGGGUGCUGAUCGGGGACAAGCUGUAUUCGGGCGUGCUCAUUACCUUAGAGAACUGCCUGCUGCCCGACGACAAACUCCGCUUCACGCCGUCCAUGUCGAGCGGCCUCGACACCGAUACAGAGACGGGCCUCCGCGUGGUGGGCUGCGAGCUCAUCCAGGCGGCUGGCAUUCUACUUCGCUUGCCACAGGUGGCCAUGGCUACUGGGCAGGUGUUGUUCCAGCGGUUCUUUUACACCAAGUCCUUCGUAAAACAUUCCAUGGAGCACGUGUCUAUGGCAUGUGUUCACCUGGCCUCCAAAAUAGAAGAGGCUCCAAGGCGAAUCCGAGAUGUCAUCAAUGUGUUCCAUCGCCUUCGACAUCUGAGAGAGAAAAAGAAACCGGUGCCUCUUAUACUGGAUCAAGAAUAUGUUAACUUAAAGAACCAGAUCAUAAAAGCAGAGAGACGGGUCCUCAAGGAGUUGGGCUUUUGCGUCCAUGUGAAGCAUCCUCACAAGAUAAUCGUUAUGUACCUUCAGGUGUUAGAGUGUGAGCGUAACCAACACCUGGUCCAGACUUCAUGGAACUACAUGAACGACAGCCUUCGCACAGAUGUCUUCGUGCGGUUUCAGCCUGAGAGCAUUGCCUGUGCCUGCAUCUACCUCGCUGCCCGGACACUGGAGAUCCCUUUACCCAAUCGUCCACAUUGGUUUCUUUUAUUUGGAGCAACUGAAGAAGAAAUUCAAGAAAUUUGCUUUAAAAUCCUGCAGCUUUAUACACGGAAAAAGGUCGAUCUGACACACCUGGAAAGUGAAGUGGAAAAGAGAAAGCAUGCCAUGGAAGAAGCAAAGGCACGAGCUAGGGGCUUGCUUCCAGGGGGUGCUCCAGUUCCGGAGAGUACAGCAGGUUUCUCACCUGUUCCCAAGAUGGACUCCCCCAAAGAAGGUAAAGGAAGCAAACUUUCCCCACUCUCCCUGAAGAAUGUCAAGAGGAAAGUGGAGGGCCCGAAGAAAGCCAAGGCUGAUAGCCCUGUAAAUGGCUUGCCAAAGGGGCGGGAAAGUCGAAGCCAGAGCAGAAGCCGUGAGCAGAGCUACUCAAGGUCCCCGUCUAGGUCUGCUUCUCCUAAGAGGAGAAAAAGCGACAGCGGAUCUACCUCAGGUGGCUCCAAGUCACAGAGCCGUUCUCGGAGUCGCAGUGACUCCCCACCAAGGCAGGUACACCGUAGUGCUCCCUACAAAGGGUCUGAGGUAAGGGGCUCCCGGAAAUCCAAGGACUCCAAGUACUCUACCCAGAAGACACACAAGUCUCGUAGCAGGAGCUCCUCUCGUUCUCGAAGCCGGUCAAGAGAACGGACAGAUAAUUCUGGAAAAUACAAGAAGAAAAGUCAUUACUACAGAGAUCAGCGACGGGAACGUUCAAGGUCAUAUGAGCGCACAGGCCACCGCUAUGAGCGGGACCACCCUGGACACAGUAGGCAUCGUAGGUGAGAUGUAUUCCCAGGAAGCUACUGCUGGACUGUCUCCAUGGCAUGUACCUUGGCUUAAUGGCCCAGUGGUGUGAUUCUUUUUAGAAAUGUUCUUGACUCUGGACCUUGGGAAUCUGGAAAUGGAACUGAAGGGACAGAAGUGUCCUUCAGGCAGUCUUGGGGAGUGGUGCACAUCUGUCCCAGUUGAAGAUGCACCUCAACUGCUGUACUAUGGGUUAGCUGGAUGGAAUGGCAAAAGCAUAUGACCUUGUUGGUGUGGCUUGGUGCUAUUGACAAGCUAUCUCUUCCCGCCCAUCCUGAUACUCAAUUAUGUUAAGCCAAGAAAGAUGAUAUUUAGAAUCUUUGCCUAUAUUAGGUUGUACCUAUGUACAUAUUUUGCAGUGUUUCACAUUGAGAAAAUGGCCUUAAUAGCCCCUUAUUCUCUAUCCAUGUUGUAAAUAAAUGUGUUUAAUACAAGCGAAAGAUAUAUAUGAAACUCAGAACUUGAAUUCUGCCAGCUUAAAACUUGUGUAGAGAAUUCUGAUUUUUAAAAUGUGAAGGUAUUUAGGUCUGUGUUGAAAGUUAUAUAUUUUUAUCUGUGUAAUGCUGAGUGCUGGUCACCAGCUACUAGAGAAAUUUUACGUGGUUGAAUAAACACGACUCUCAGGACAUUUGGGAUGUAAAACA